AUAAACGCAAGCGAAGGAGGGUUUAGGGUUUAAGCCUCUCCCUGAGUCCCAGCUCUAAAGAAGAAACAGAAGAAGAAGAAGAAGAAGAAAAUGGUGGCGGAUAAAGGGAAGAAGCAGAAGGUGGAAGAGAAAGAGGAAAACCACAUUGACAAAGAGCUCGUCCUAUCAAUCGAAAAGCUUCAAGAGAUCCAAGAUGAGCUCGAGAAGAUCAACGAAGAAGCAAGUGAUAAGGUUUUGGAAGUAGAGCAAAAGUAUAGUGAGAUACGCAAGCCUGUCUACCAGAAGCGAAAUGACAUAAUUAAAGCUAUUCCAGAUUUUUGGUUGACAGCUUUUUUGAGUCAUCCAGUCCUUAGUGAACUUUUGACUGAAGAGGACCAAAAGAUUUUCAAGUUUCUGAGUUCCAUUGAAGUGGAAGAUUCUAAAGACGUCAAAUCUGGUUAUUCAAUCAUAUUUAACUUUAAAUCCAACCCCUACUUUGAAGAUACAAAGCUCAUGAAGAGCUAUGCUUUCCAAGAAGAAGGUGCAACACAAAUUACUGCUACUCCAAUCAAAUGGAAAGAAGGCAUGCAAAUCCCAAACGGAGUUGCUAAUGAGAAGAAAGGAAAUAAGCGUCCUCCACCUGAGGAAAGCUUCUUUACUUGGUUCAGUGAAACCCAGCAAAAGGAUGAAGAUAUGGAUGACAUUCAUGAUGAGGUUGCUGAGUUAAUCAGGGAGGACUUAUGGCCCGACCCUCUCUCUUACUUCAAUAAUCAGGAAGCUGAUGAUGAAGAAUUUGAGGGUGAUGAUGAGGAGAAGGGCAGUGAUGGCUCUGAAGAUGAUGAAGAACAAGAUGGCGGUGAUGAUGACGAUGAAGAUGGUGACGAAGAUGAAGACUAACUGUUUCUACCAUGUGCUUUUUAGUUUGAGUUAUCCUCACUUUUUUGGGUACUGUGACUGUAUGUAAUAGGGUGUUGAAUCUUCUGGAAAACCAACCAAAACUGAAAAUGACGGGGAUUUUUUUUUUCUUUUUUCAGAUUCUAUAGGCAUCUAGUUACCUUAGCUGUGUGCUGAAUUUUUUCUCUUGAUAUCCUUUGUUUUAAGAAUCUUGUGCACAUUGCUUCUGUUAGCAUGCAUACCUAUGCCUAAUUUACUGGACCAAUUGAUAUCUCAA